AUGAAGCAUCAUCUUAUGGUUGGCACCUGGACCCCUCCAGGCCGCAUCUACACUGUCGCCUUUGACGAUGAGGCCCUGACCUUGGACCUGGUCAAGAAGACCGACAUUCCCGAGGCCGAACCUAUCUCAUGGAUGACCUUCUCGCACGACAAGAAAGCCAUCUAUGGCGCCGCCAUGAAGAAGUGGAACAGCUUUGCUGUCCACAGUCCCACUGAGAUUGUACACCAAGCCUCACACCCAGUAGCUGGUCACGAACUGGCCCCUAGUGCGGACACCAACACCCGUGCCAUCUUUGUGCUCGCCGCCCGCAAGCCCCCCUACAAUGUCUACGGAAACCCGUUUUACAAGUACGCCGGCUUCGGCAACGUCUUCUCCGUCGGGGAGGACGGUUCUCUGCACAAGAACAUCCAGAACUACGAGUACGAGCCCAACACCGGUAUCCAUGGCAUGGUGUUCGAUCCCACAGAGACCUACCUCUACUCGGCCGACCUGCAGGCAAACAAGAUCUGGACACACAAGAAGGACUCGGAGACAGGCGAGCUUACCCUCCUCGACUGCAUCGAGGCCCCAUCGCCAGACGAUCACCCCCGCUGGGUUGAGAUGCACCCCAGCGGCAAGUACUUGUACGCGUUGAUGGAGGCGGGCAACCGUCUCGCAGUCUACGUCAUCGACGAGCGGACCCACAAGCCAGUAUUCACUCACAUCACAUACCCAUUGCUCCCUGGUGGUCUCCCCCCGCGCAACAAAUACCGCGGCGACGUGACCUUCACCACCCGCAGCGGCGAGUACCUGUUCGCCACAACGCGGAGCAACCACUUCGACGUUAGCGGUUACAUCACGGCGUUCAAGCUGGGACCAAAUGGUAACAUCGAGCGUCAGCUGUUCAUCCACCCGACCUCCACGAGCGGUGGUCACUCGAACGCGGUCAGCCCAUGUGACUUCAGUGACGAGUGGUUGGCGCUGUGCGAUGACCAGCUGGGCUUUGUGGAGAUCUACCGGUUCCGCGACGAGAAUCUGGCCCGGGUGGCCCGGGUGGAUAUUCCAGAGAAGGGAUUUGGCAUGAACGCGAUCUGGUAUGAUUAA